GUUCUCGAGAGCAGGCGCCUUAUAAGCGUCGUGCUCGACCCCUCGCGCCUUUUCUCCACGCCGGUAUCGUUAACACGCGCAUGCUGUGACGGACGACAUCCACAUUUCGUUAUUUUUUAUGAUUUUUUUUACCACGAAGCUUUUGCUCUGACAAAGUAUUACUAUUCAAGAUUCAAGUGCUGCAUGGGACUAUAUUAGUGAGCGGUGCUUAUAUCGGCCUUUUUUCGCGGCUGUUUUUCUUUAUUAAAGAGGAAGUUUCAAACGAAAGACUGUUGCGGUGCCCCACGGCCCGUCGCCAACGUCGCCGGGUCAUGUCGCCGGUCAGGAGCACGUGGUGGCUGCUGGUCCUACUGGUGCUGGAAAUCUCUCACGUGACCCAAGCUAGAUACCAUCACGUGAAGCUACGACACGAAAGGCACAGGAGACAGCAAGGUGACAGUUACGCACCGCCAACUUAUGUUCUGGACAACGAGGAUCCCGAGAGAGGUAGUUGGGGACCAUGGUCUCAUCCAAGCCCCUGCUCCAGGACUUGCGGUGGCGGUGUUUCCCAGCAGACUCGCGAGUGUCUCGAUCGAGACGAGUAUAACAACGAAAGAUGUACUGGUGCCAAGAAAAAAUUCUUCUCUUGCAACAUCCAGCCAUGUCCAGGAGAGCCAAAGGAUUUCCGUACGGAGCAAUGCGCAGAAUUUAACCAGAAACCUUUCGAAGGGGUAUAUUACGACUGGAUACCGUACACGGGUGGUCACAACAAAUGCGAGCUUAAUUGCAUGCCUCGAGGCGAGAGGUUCUUUUAUAGGCAUCGUCAGAGCGUGAUUGAUGGCACGCUUUGCAAUAUUGAGAAAAAUGACGUCUGCGUCGAAGGCAAAUGCAGGCCGGUGGGUUGUGACAUGAUGUUGGGUAGCCAGGCUAAAGAGGACGCCUGUCGUGAGUGCGGCGGCGAUGGAUCCGACUGCAAUACUGUUCGUGGCCGCUACGACAAUGACAAUAUACAAGUCGGCUACACUGACAUCAUACUCAUACCCGAAGGAGCUACCAACAUUGCUGUCAAGGAGAUACGGCCCUCUAACAAUUAUCUUGCGAUCCGAAAUAUGACUGGGCACUAUUAUCUGAAUGGCAAUUGGAGAAUAGACUUUCCGCGGAGCCAGCGAUUCGCCGGUACGCUGUUCCAUUACAGUAGAGAGCCGCAGGGAUUUUCAGCUCCGGACACGAUAACUGCCCUCGGCCCGACCGCAGAGGCCAUCUACGUCGUGUUGCUAUAUCAAGAUAAUAAUGUCGGAGUUGAUUACGAGUAUAGCAUCCCCAAGAAAUAUUCUCAACGCACCGACCCCGACAGCUAUACCUGGGUCGUCGAUGAAUUCUCAUCCUGCAGUGCCAGCUGCGGAGGAGGCUACCAAUCGCGUCGAGUGAGCUGCGUAAAGCGUAGCAACAACGAAGAAGCCGACGAGAAGCUGUGCGACCCAACACUCGAGCCCGCGGAUACUCAGGGUUGUGGUACAGAAGCGUGCCCACCCGAAUGGGUCACCAGCGAGUGGUCCAACUGUACAAAACAUUGCGGCGAAGGCGGCGAGCAGACACGUGAGGUCAAGUGCGAGCAGAUCAUCGCCGGCGGUAUUCCUACAGUUGUUGACGAGGCUCAGUGCUUGCAAGCUGGCUCUAAGCCUACCAAUAAGCAGGAGUGCAACAAGGGUACCGACUGUCCGCUCUUCUAUAUCGAGCCCUGGAAGCCCUGCGACCACUUGUGCGGCGAAGGUAAACAAACGAGAAAAGUCACAUGCUACAAAAAAAACGAUGAAGGCAAGAUCGAAGUAUUGGACGAUUCUGCCUGUGGGAGCCAAGUUCCCGAAAGAGAGAAAUCCUGCGAAGUAAGGCCUUGCGAGGGAGUUGACUGGGUCGUAUCUCCUUGGAGCGGCUGCACCGAUAAAUGUGGCCUUACCGAAGAGACUAGAACAGUUCAGUGUGCCACGCAAAACGGCACCGUUUAUUCAGAAAGUAUGUGUGAUAGCGAAAAGAAACCUGAGGUUACCAAACAAUGUGAUACCUCGCAAAAUUGUGAAUAUCAGUGGGUUAAAACUCAAUGGAGUAAGUGUUCGGCCGAAUGCGGCACUGGAGUUCAAACUCGCAAAGUAUUCUGUGCAACAUUCAAAGACGAGGAAACAAUGACAAAAGUUUCCGAUGAUAAAUGCGAGCCAGACGAAAAAUACAACAGUACAAAAGAGUGCCGGGCUGAAACCGAUACGUGCAAGGGUGAAUGGUUCGCUGGGCCAUGGAGCGAAUGUUCGCAACCAUGCGGUGGUGGUGAAAUGACACGUCAAGUCAUUUGCUUGAAGGAUAACAAAACAGUUUCCUCGAACGAAUGUGAUUAUAAAACUAUAAUGGACGAAAAUAAAGACUGUGCAGCAGUAUCGUGUUCAGAUGAGGACUUAAUACCAGUAGCAACGGAUAAACCUCUAGUUUCCGCAGAAGACGAAUGCGAAGAGGAAGAAGAAGAAGACUUUAUAUCUGUUAGUCCCAGUUUUGACGCUAAUAAUUCACAAGAACCAACUGAAGAAUCGACUGUCAAGUCAACAGAAGAAUCCUCAGUAAGUCCAUAUGAUAUGCAAAGUACAGGAUAUAGCGUUUCUUUCGAAAAUAGGAUGUUCAGUGAUGGGAUUCCUACCGAUGAAGGCAGCGGUACUGGUAAUGUUGACGAUACUACUUUCCCAGCACUUACAACUGAUGAAGGCAGUGGUGUUGAGGAUACUUCUGAAACUAGAUCAACCUUAUUUGGAUCGAGUGAUAGUUAUAGUACAGAUUCUGGUAUUAGAGUAACCACCGAAAACUUUUCAUCUGCAGGAACUGGCGCAACUGAUGUUUCGGGUGAAACUACAGUGUUUGGUGUCACUGGUUCCUCCGACUCUACUCAUGAUACAAAAUUAACUGAACAGCUUACUGAAAAUAUUGCCAGUGAACAAUCAACAGACGAAACCACAAUUAUAAGUAGUUUUCAUGAUAAUGCGGGCACUACAAUUGAGCAUUCACCGGGUUCAACCGAAAGUUCAGCUGGUUCUACUGAUAGUUCAGCUAGUUCAACUGACAGUAUAGUCAUUUCAACUGAUAGUUCACCGACCUCGACUGAUUAUUCUACUGGUCCUUCGUCCGAUGUUCCUAGUUCAACCGAUUCUUCUACUAUUUCUAGCGAUUCAACUGAAAGUACUGAGCCAACAGAAACGACACUCACGUCAGACAGUGAAAGUACAGAAAACACUCAAUCAACGCCAGAUUACAGUACUACACCAGUAGAUAGUUCUACUGAACCAUCCACUGAAGAAACCACAGAUUCAUCAAUAACGAUCACUGACGUUUCUGGAGCUAGUGAGACAAGUGACAACAGUGAAGCUUCGCCAGCGGGUAGUGAAUCCACGGAAGGAACUACAUCUGGUGAAACAACAGAACCAUUUGUAACAAGUAGAUCAAGUGAGCCAUCUGUAUCUGGUGGUUCAAGUGAGUCACCAGUGACAGUGAGUGAACUAACUGAAGAAACAUCAGCCUCUCAAGCGUUUGCCACUUCGGAAUCACUCGAGUCAACUGAUACAACCGGAUUACAUGAAACUGCUGUUUCUAAAAGUAGUGGAUCUACUGAAUUUUAUACAGCCGGAUCAGGAGAAACAAUCGACACGUUCCCGACUACCGAAGCGAUAACAGCAACUGGAUCUGAUAUGACCACUGGUUCAGAAGAAAUAACUGUGUCUGGAAUGUCCACUGAAAGCGGAAAACCUAAUGAAUCUGAUAUGACAACUGGAACUGAAGAGACGAUAACUGGAACUGAAGCAACAACAGAAUACACAGAUACGCCACCAGAAGGCACGUCUGAAGAACCAGAAUCAUCUUCUCCUAUCGAUGUGUUUACGUCAAGCCCUGUUGAUACGGCAAUCGCAACGGAAACCAAACUUCCUAAGUGCAAACCUAGAAAAGUUAAACCAUGCAAACAUACUGAAUUCGGAUGCUGUUUUGAUAACAUCACAGCUGCAAAGGGACCAUUCUCUAAAGGCUGUCCCAUUCCACACACGUGCAAAGAAACUAAAUUCGGUUGUUGUCCUGAUGGCGUUUCACCUGCAGCCGGUCGCAAGAAUAAGGGUUGUCCUGAUCAACAAUGUCAUGAAACUCUAUUUGGAUGUUGUCCAGAUAAUAUUACACCUGCAGAAGGCAAUGACUUUGAAGGUUGCAAGAAACCAUGCAACGAGACUACAUUUGGAUGCUGCCCUGACAAAGAAACACCAGCACUUGGCAAAGAUAAUCUUGGUUGUUGUAAUAUGACAAAAUAUGGAUGUUGCUCAGAUGGUAAAACCGCAGCGACUGGUCCCAAAGGAAAAGGAUGCCAAAAAGUCAAUUUAGAUAGUCGCGUCAGCGAAGAUUGCGCUAAUUCGACAUAUGGAUGUUGCCCUGAUGGUCACAAGACUGCUAAUGGUACCAACUUCAAAGGAUGUGAUGUUAUUAAUACCAAAAACUGUACUGCAUCAUACUUUGGAUGCUGUCCUGACAACACUACUGCUGCUCUUGGUCCAAACAACACCGGAUGUGCACUGCCAUGUGACAAUACGACGUACGGAUGCUGUGAUGAUAACAAAACGCCAGCUCAUGGAUAUAACAAAGAAGGCUGCUGCCUGUCGAGUCCGUUCAAGUGUUGUCCUGAUAACAUCACGCCAGCUCGUGGGUCUGACUUUUAUGGUUGCGGAUGUCAAUGGUCUAGAUUCGGAUGCUGCCCUGACAAUAAAACUGCUGCUACCGGAUCUAAUAAUAAGGGAUGCGGUUGUGUUUACAUGGAACACGGAUGUUGCCCAGACAGAUUUACGCCUGCAGCAGGAUCAAACUAUGAGGGAUGUCCUUGUUAUACAUAUCAAUUCGGCUGUUGUCCUGAUGGCAUUACUGCUGCUAAAGGACCUCGUAACCAAGGUUGUGGAUGCGAAAACACCGAAUUCAAAUGCUGCUCCGAUGGAAGAACUUCAGCUAAAGGGCCAAACUAUGCCGGCUGUACUUGUGACACUUCUAAAUUUGGUUGCUGUCCCGACGGAAUUGAGGAAGCUCAGGGAGAAAACUUUGAGGGUUGUCUCAAAGUACCGCCGAAUAUGCAAGCCGCAUGUGCUUUACCAAGGGACAGGGGCACUUGUCGCGAGUUCAGCGUCAAGUGGUUCUACGACACUGAGUACGGUGGUUGCUCGAGAUUCUGGUACGGAGGUUGCGGCGGCAACGACAAUCGAUUCAAGACUCAGGAGGACUGCAAAGCUAUUUGUGUCGAGCCCAAAGGAAAAGAUGUUUGUAAAUUACCCAAGAUCGGUGGACCUUGCGAAGGUUACUACCCAACUUGGUAUUACGAUGUCGAUAGAAAGCAAUGCGGUCAAUUCAUUUAUUCAGGCUGUCUUGGAAAUAAAAAUAAUUUCAAAACUCGUCAAGAAUGUGAGGAACUUUGCUCUGAGUCUACUGAUACUGAUCCAUGCUUACUUGACAAAGAACCUGGACCUUGCGAAGGGAACUUCACAAGGUGGUACUAUAACAAAGAAUCACAAAACUGCGAACAAUUCAAAUACGGAGGAUGCAAAGCCAACGCAAACAAUUAUCCAACAGAUUUAGCUUGUCGCCAACAAUGUUUACAACCCGGACAAAGUCGAGUAAUGAAGGACGUGUGCGUAUUGGAAAAAGAUGCGGGACCUUGUCCUGGCUCUUUGCUACGUUGGUAUUAUGAUACGAAACGUCUGGAAUGUAGGAAAUUCAUUUUUGGCGGUUGCAAAGGCAACGGCAAUAAAUUUCGUACUCAAACUGCGUGCGAAGACCGCUGUAUAAACCGAGAAUCAUGUUCGCUGCCACGUUCGGAGGGCAACUGUACGGAGAAGCUUGCGCGUUGGCACUUUGAUCAGCAGGAGAAUCGUUGCAUGCCAUUUUAUUACACUGGCUGUGGUGGCAAUAAAAAUAAUUAUGCCUCUAAAGAUGCAUGCGAGUCAGAUUGUCCAUCCAAACACGAACAAGACACUUGCUUACUGCCAGCGCUUCUUGGCGCAUGUCAUAAUUACACGCAACGCUGGUAUUUCGACUCAAUGGAGCAAAGAUGUAGGCAAUUCUAUUACGGUGGCUGUGGAGGUAAUCACAAUAACUUCCAAACGGAACAAGAAUGCGAAGGUAGAUGUUUUAGAACUGCACUUUUCAUUUCGACAACCAGUGCACCUGUCGAGGGUUCAUUUACAUCGGAAUACUGCUUCCUACCUGAACAACGAGGCUCCUGCCAACAAUACAUUACCAAAUGGUUCUACGACAGCAGAGAAGGUUUCUGUAAACAGUUUGUCUACAGUGGCUGCGGAAGCAAUGGAAACAACUUCAAUUCCCGCGAAGAGUGCGAGAACCGAUGUGGUGACGUUCAAGAUCCAUGCACAAUGCCACCAAUGGUCGGGCCGUGUAAUGACUCAAUAUCUCGAUUUUAUUACGAUCGGCGCGCGGACGCUUGCUACCAAUUCGCCUAUAGUGGCUGUCAAGGAAACAAGAACAACUUUGACGACUUACGUGUUUGUGAGCAACGUUGUCGUAGAAGGCAACCAGGGUCACAUACUGUCGUAACACUGUCGACGGUACCCCCAACAAGAUCAUCAGUGCAUAGUCCUCAACUGGAAGCUUGUCUCGAACCAGCUGACGCUGGACCAUGUCAUGCUGAGACUACUGCUUAUUACUAUGAUAGUAAUAAUCAAGCUUGCCAAGCAUUCAUCUAUGGUGGCUGCGAGGGUAACGCUAAUAGAUUCCAGACUGAAGAGCAGUGCCAAAGGUUGUGUGGAAUUUUCAGAAACCAAGAUAUUUGUAAUUUACCACGCGAUCAAGGUCCUUGUCGAGGCGUAUUCCCGAAAUACUACUACGAUGUCACAUAUAGAGCUUGUCGCGAAUUCACCUACGGUGGCUGUGAUGGAAACGCUAAUCGAUUCAGCACAGCUAACGAGUGCGAAUCGGUUUGCAUUCAUCAUGAAGAACCAGUACAAACUGGAAAUGCAACUGCAUCUACCGAUUUAACAAUCUGCAAAGAACCUGUUGAUGUUGGAUCGUGUUCUGUUGGCAAUUACAAGAGAUUCUAUUAUGAUGAUGAAUAUCAAACAUGCAGGGCAUUUAUUUACACUGGUUGUGGUGGAAAUCGUAACAACUUUAAGACUAUUGAUUCUUGUCUUAAAGUUUGUCUCAACAGUAUUCCGGACGAUGGACAGGACACAAAGGAUCCUUGUGCCGAAGCUAUGGAAUACUGUGCACAACUUCAUUGUCCCUACGGUCAGGAAGACUAUGUUGACUCACAGAACUGUCAACGCUGUCGGUGCGUUGAACCAUGCCAAUCAAUUUCAUGUAGCGAAGGUCACAAGUGCGCGGUUGUCCUUGUACAAACUAGAGAAGGCACAGAGUACAGAGGAGUUUGUAAUCCAGUUACCAAACCCGGAAGAUGUCCAGUCGUAUCGAACAGCACAAGAUGUGAAACGGAAUGUUACACCGACGCCGACUGUACCGGCGAGCAGAAAUGUUGCCACAAUGGAUGUGGUGCUUCUUGUCUUAGUCCAGCGUCCGAAGAAAUAUACACGACUCCGCCACCAUACCGUGAUAAUCAGGAAACUUUACCACCAGGAUAUGAACCAGUUGCAAUAGAGCAGCCAGCAACGCCAAAUGUCACUGCUGAGGAGGGUGGAUACGUCACGAUGCAUUGCGUAGUUGUCGGUACACCUAAACCAACUAUCAUGUGGAAAAAAGAUGCCAAAAUCAUUGAACGUGAAGAAAAUAGAAGACGUAUACUAGGAGAUGGAUCUUUACAGAUUACCAAUUUAUAUCCUGUUGACACUGGCAUUUACAUUUGUACCGCAGACAAUGGAAUCACAGUACCAAUUAACAUACAAUAUCAAUUAGAAGUUACCGAGCCGCACGACAAUCCACCAGCAAUAAUAGACGAGCCAAACCGAUCGAUCACAGUCAACCUGAACUCACCAACUAUAUUGCAUUGCUACGCUGUUGGUUGGCCUCGACCAAUGGUUACAUGGUGGCGUAACGAUAGCAUGCUACCAUUGAACACUGAGCAAUAUCACCAGGGCUCUGAGAAUACCUUACUUAUUCACUCUGUCACGCUUACUAUGCUUGGUAUCUAUACUUGUCAAGCGUUCAACGGCAUUGGAAAACCAGCCGAAUGGUCGACUGUAUUACAAGCAGUUGGUCCUGUCGCUAACGUUCCACCUGAUCAACAACAUUACACUCAAUACUUGGUACAACCACCCCAGAGACCUGAAAAACCCAAAUGGCCUUACAGACCAGAUCGUAACCAAGUUCAGCAGAACCAAACUUACACUCCUAUCUACACCACUAAAAAGUAUGAGAUUCCAGCUGUCAUACCACUUACAACUCUGCCUCCUCCUUAUGCUCGCCCAACUCCAGUUCGAGUGAAUGUGACAAAACCUCAAGCACAGUACGUAUCGGGUGGCCGAAUUAUGUUGCAUUGCCGAGCAACAGGAACGCCAAAUCCAGUUAUCACAUGGUAUAAAAAUGAAAUCCCUAUAGUACAAGACGAUCGAAUAAGAAUUACAGAAAACAACGAUUUAAUUAUUUAUCCAUCAAAUAAGAGUGACAGCGGCGAUUAUCGCUGUGAGGGCGUUAAUCAAUAUUCAUUACAGUCGCAAGAUGUACAUAUUCGCGUUGAUGAUGUUUACGUCGACCCUCUUUGUCAAGACAACAAAGAUCUAGCUAACUGCACUCUCAUUGUCACAGCCAGAUAUUGUCAACAUCAAUACUACGCAAAAUUCUGUUGUCGAUCGUGUACGGAAUCUGGACAAUUAGCGCCAAGAGUUUUACCGAAAGUAAUUUCGUACUUCGAUGAUAAUGAAGCAUAUCAAAGAUCAAAGAGGUCGAUUUUUUCGGAUUGGUGAAAAGAUUUUGACGUUAAUCGUAUGAUUAUUAAAUAUGACUUUCAUAAUAUCAAAAUACGUUUAUAAAUACCCGUGCGAAUGAAAACUGUUUUAUUGAAUCAAACAUAAGAGAAUACGAGAAUCGAAUUUAAGACACUGCCAAAGCCUUGGGUCAUAUAUUAGUAUAGGUUGCAAUGAAUUAAAAAAGUAGUUUAUUAAAAACAUUUUUCGUUGUAUUGAAAAAUACUUUUUUUUACAAUUAACACCCCUAAACUAGUUCCAGUGUAAUGAAAGUGUCCAGAAUGCAAUGAUAUUAAAGUAAAUGUAAUUGGACCUAAUACUGACUCCUAGUCUUACAGGCGCACUCUACAAAAAAUGACCACGGCGAGUUACUACUCUCGUCUCAAAGUAAAAUCAUGCAAAACUUUUGUAAUUUUAGAAUUUAUGAAUGAGACGAGAAUUAUCUUCAUUAAAAUGUAGUUGGGUCAAAUUAAAGGCUCGUUUUAUAUUUCCAUGACUUGCAAUACUUGUAAAAAGUAUAUUUAUGUCAUGAUUGUUUUAUAAUUUCGGAAAUACAAAUUGAGCGUUUAAUUUUUUAUUAUUGCGGUAUAUAUUAUAGUACAAUCGCAGUACCUUCGCUGUACGUCUCAAAUAGUAGAUAUAGAUAUGUAUAAAUUAACUUUAAUUGACAAAGUACUGUACUGACAUAAUCAUUCACUCUACAAUAAAAAUAAAUAAAAGAUAUUUCUAAGAAAAUAUGAAGGGCUUCAAAAGAACCACGUUUUUGAGACUAUACAUAUUGACAAUUUUUAUCAUUUAUGAAUACCAUAUGACUAAUAUCUACAUAAAAUAUUUUGCCCUGCUACUUUCCAUUGAUUUAUAAUAAGUGGUGGAACCACGACUAUUUAUAAUUUCCAAUUUUACAAAUUAUUAUGCCUUUAUGAUAUCGAUAUGUUGUGUGAAAUUUCGAAACAUGAAGGUCUUGGAUUAAUUUGCAUUAAGUUUUCUUUUGAUAUUUACAAUUAAUUUCAAACAUAUGCUGAAGUCAAUAAGUC